CGGUGAGCACAGGGUUUCGCGCGCUGAAGAAAAGGUUUUUGGCGUUGAGUACAAAGUUUCUGGCGGUGAGGACAAGAUUCCUGGCGGUGAGGACAAGGUUCCUGGCGGUGAGGACAAGGGUCCUGGCGGUGAGGGCAAGGUUCCUGGCGGUGAGGACAAGGUUCCUGGCGGUGAGGACAAGGUUCCUGGCGGUGAGGAGAAGGUUCCUCGUGCUGAGGACAAGGUUCCAAGCGGUGAGGACAAGGUUCCUAGCGCUGACGAAAUGUUUUUGGCGUUGAGUAAAAAGUUCCUAGCGGUGAGGACAAAGUUCCUGGCGGUGAGGACAACGUUCCUGGCGGUGAGGACAAGGUUCCUGGCGGUGAGGACAAUGUCCCAAGCAGUGAGGACAAGGUUUCUGGCGCUGAGGAAAGGUUUUUGGGGAUGAGUACAAAGUUCCUGGCGGUGAGGACAAGGUUACUGGCGGUGAAGACAAGGUUCCUGGCAGUGGUGACAAUGUUCCUGGCGGUGACGACAAGGUUCCUGGCGGUGAGGACAAGGUUUCUGGCAGUGAGGACAAGGUACCAAGCGGUUAGGACAAGGUCCCUGGCGGUGAAGACAAAGUUCCUGGCGGUGAGGACAAGGUUCCAAGCGGGCAGGACAAGGUUCCUGGCGCUGAGGAAAAGGUUUUUGGCAUUGAGCACAAAGUUCCUGGCGGUGAGGACAAGGUUCCUGGCGGUGAGGACAAGGUUCCUGGUGGUGAAGACAAGGUUCCUGGCGGUGAGGACAAGGUUCCUGGCAGUGAGGACAAGGUACCAAACGGUUAGGACAAGGUUCCUGGCGGUGAAGACAAGGUUCCUGGCGGUGAUGACAAGGUUCCUGGGGCUGAGGAAAAGGUUUUUGGGGUUGAGUACAAAGUUCCUGGCGGUGAGGACAAGGUUCCUGGCGGUGAGGACAAGGUUCCUUGGGGGUGAAGACAAGGUUCCUGCCGGUGAGGACAAGAUUCCAAGCGGUGAGGACAAGGUUCCUGGCGGUGAUGACAAGGUUCCUGGGGCUGAGGAAAAGGUUUUUGGCGUUGAGUAGAAAGUUCCUAGCGGUGAGGACAAGGUUCCUGGCAGUGAGGACAAGGUUCCAAGCGAUGAGGACAGGGUUCCUGGGGCUGAGGAAAAGGUUUAUGGCUUUGAGUACAAAGUUCCUGGCGGUGAGGACAAGGUUCCUGGCGGUAAGGACAAGGUUCCAAGCGUUGAGGGCAAGGUUCCUGGCGGUGAGGACAAGGUUCCUGGCGCUGAGGAAAAGGUUUUUGGCGUUGAGUACUGGCGGUGAUGACAAGGUUCCUGGGGGUCAGGAAAAGGUUUUUGGCGUUGAGUAGAAAGUUCCUGGCGGUGAGGACAAUGUUCGUGGCAGUGAGAACAAGCUUCCAAGCGGUGAGGACAGGGUUCCUGGCGAUGAGGACAAGGCUUCUGGCGCUGAGGAAAAGGUUUUUGGCGUUGAGUACAAAGUUCCUGGCGGUGAAGACUAGCUUCCUGGCAGUGAGGACAAGGUUCCAAGCGAUGAGGACAGGGUUCCUGGGGCUGAGGAAAAGGUUUAUGGCUUUGAGUACAAAGUUCCUGGCGGUGAGGACAAGGUUCCUGGCGGUGAGGACAAGGUUCCAAGCGUUGAGGGCAAGGUUCCUGGCGGUGAGGACAAGGUUCCUGGCGCUGAGGAAAAGGUUUUUGGCGUUGAGUACUGGCGGUGAUGACAAGGUUCCUGGGGGUCAGGAAAAGGUUUUUGGCGUUGAGUAGAAAGUUCCUGGCGGUGAGGACAAUGUUCGUGGCAGUGAGAACAAGCUUCCAAGCGGUGAGGACAGGGUUCCUGGCGAUGAGGACAAGGCUUCUGGCGCUGAGGAAAAGGUUUUUGGCGUUGAGUACAAAGUUCCUGGCGGUGAAGACUAGCUUCCUGGCAGUGAGGACAAGGUUCCAAGCGGUUAGGACAAGGUUCCUGGCGGUGAGGACAAAGUUCCUGGCGCUGACGAAAAGGUGUUUGUCGUUGGGUACAAAGUUCCUGGCGGUGAGGACAAGGUACCAAGCGGUUAGGACAAGGUUCCUGGCGGUCAGGACAAAGUUCCUGCCAGUGAGGACAAGGUUCCUGGCGGUGAGGUCAAGGUUCCUGGCGGUGAGGACAAGGUUCCUAGCGCUGACGAAAAGGUUUUUGGCGUUGACCACAAAGUUCCUGGCGCUGAGGACAAGGUUUCUGGCGGUGAGGACAAAGUUCCAAGCGGUGAAGACAAGGUUCCUGGAGGUGAGGACAAGGUUUCUGGCGGUGAGGACAAAGUUCCAAGCGGUGAGGACAAGGUUCCUGGCGCUGAGGAAAGGUUUUUGGCGUUGAGUACAAAGAUUCUGGCGGUGAGGACAAGGUUCCUGGAGGUGAGGACAAGGUUCCUGGUGGGGAGGACAAGGUUCCUGCGGGUGAGGACAAGAUUCCUGGCGGUGAGGCCAACGUUCCAGGCGGUGAGGACAAGGUUCCCCCGGUGAGGAAAAGGUUCCAUGCGGUAAAGACAAGUUUCCUGACGCUCAUGAAAAGGUUUUUGGGUUGAGUACAAAGUUCCUGGGGUGCGGACAAGCUUCCUGGCGCUGAGGAAAAGGUUUUUGGCGUUGAGUACAAAGUUCCUGGCGGUGAGGACAAGGUUCCUGGCGGUGAGGACAAGGUUCCAACCGUUGACGACAAGGUUCCUGGCGAUGAAGAAAAGGUUUUUGGCGUUUAGUACAAAGUUCCUGGCUGUGACGACAAGUUUCCUGGCGGUGAGGACAAGGUUCCAAGCGGUGAGGGCAAGGUUCCUGGCUGUGAGGACAAGGUUCCUGGUGCUGAGGAAAAGGUUUUUGGCGUUGAGUACAGAGUUCCUGGCGGUGAGGACUAGAUUCCUGGCAGUGAGGACAAGGUACCAAGCGGUUAGGACAAGGUUCCUGCGGUGAGAACAAGUUUCCUGGCGGAGAGGACAAGGUUCCUGGCGGUGAGGUCAAGGUUCUAAGCGGGGAGGACAAGGUUCCUGGCGCUGAGGAAAAGGUUUUUUGGCGUUGAGUACAAAGUUUCUGGCGGUGAGGUCAAGGUUUCUGGCAGUGAGGACAAGGUUCCAAGCGGUGAGGACAGGGUUCCAGGCGCUGAAGAAAAGGUUUUUGGCGUUGAGGUCAAAGUUUCUGGCGGUGAAAACAAGGUCCCUGGCGGUGAGGACAAGGUUCCUGGCGGUGAGGACAAGGUUCCUGGCGGUAAGGACAAGGUUCCUGGCGGUGAGGACAAGGUUCCUAGCGGUGAGGACAAGAUUCCUGGCGGAGAGGCCAACGUUGCUGGCGGUGAGGAGAAGGUUCCUGGCGGAGAGAACAAGGUUCCCGGCGGGGAGGACACGGUUCCUGGCGGUAAGGACAAGGUUGCAAGCGGUGAGGACAGGGUUUCUGGCGCUAAAGAAAAGGUUAUUGGCGUUGAGUACAAAGUUUCUGGCGGUGAGGGCAAGGUUUCUGCCGGUCAGGACAAGGUUCCUGGCGGUGAAGACAAGGUUCCUGGCGAUGAGGACAAGGUUCCUGGCGGUGAAGACAAGGUUCCUGGUGGUGAGGAGAAGGUUUCUGGCGGUGAGUACAAGAUCCUCGGCGGUAAGGACAAGGUUACUGGCGGUGAGGACUAGGUUCCAAGCGGUGAGGACAAGGUUCCUGGCGGUGAGGAGAAGGUUCCUAGGCCUGAGGAAAAGGUUUUUGCCUUGAGUACAAAGUUCCUGGCAGUGAGUUCAAGGUUCCUGGCCAUGAGGACAAGGUUCCAAGCGUUGAGGACAGGGUUCCAGGCGCUGAAGAAAAGUUUUUGGCGUUGAGUACAAAGUUUCUGGCGGUGAGGACAAGGUUAUUGGCGGUGAGGACAAGGUUCCUGGCGGUAAGGACAAGGUUGCAAGCGCUGAGGACAGGGUUUCUGGCGCUGAAGAAAAGGUUUUUGGCGUUGAGUACAAAGUUUCUGGCGGAGAGGACAAGGUUCCUGGCGGUCAGGACAAGGUUCCUGGCAGUGAGGACAAGGUUCCUGGCGGUGAGGACAAGGUUCCUGGCGGUGAAGACAAGGUUCCUGGCGUUGAGGACAAGGUUUCUAGCGGUGAGGACAAGGUUCCAAGCGGUGAGGACAAGGUUGCUGGCGCUGCGGAAAGGUUUUUGGCGUUGAGUACAAAGUUCCUGGCGGUGAGGACAAGGUUACUGGCGGUAAAGACAAGGUUCCUUGCAGUGGGGACAAGGUUCUUGGCGGUGAGGACAAGGUUCCUGGCGGUGAGGACAAGGUUCCUGGCGGUGAUGACAAGGUUCCUGUCGCUGAGGAGAAGGCUUCCUGCCGCUGUGGAAAAGGUUUUUCGCGUUGAGUACAAAGUUCCUGGUGGUGAGGACUAGGUUCCUGGCAAUGAGGACAAGGUACCAAGCGGUGAGGACAAGGUUCCAAGCGAGGAGGACAAGGUUCCUGGCGCUGAGGAAAAGGUUUUUGGCGUUGAGUAAAAAGUUCCUGGCGAAGAGGACAAGGUUCCUGGCGGUGAAGACAAGGUUCCUGGUGGAAAGGACCAGGUUCCAAGCGGUGAGGACAACGUUCCUUGCGGUGAUGACAAGGUUCCUGGGGCAGAGGAAAAAGGUUUUUGGAGUUGAGUACAAAGUUCCUGGCGGUGAGGACAAGGUUCGUGGCAGUGAGGACAAGGUUCCAAGCUUGUGAGGACAGGGUUCCUGGCGCUGAGGAAAAGGUUUUUGGCCUUGAGUACAAAGUUCCUGGCGGUGAGGACAAGGUUCCUAGCGGUGAGGACAAAGUUCCUGGCGGUGAGGACAAGGUUCCUGGCGCUGAGGAAAGGUUUUUGUCGUUGAGUACAAAGUUCCUGGCAGUGAGGACAAGGUUCGAAGCGGUUAGGACAAGGUUCCCGGCGGUGAGGACAAAGUUCCUGGCGCUGAGGAAAAAGUUCUUGGCGUUGGGUACAAAGUUCCCGGCGGUAAGGACAAGGUUUGAAUUUGGGAUAGGUAAUAGGACCUCUACAUGCGUCUCGGACCUGUGGUUUACUUGUAUUUUAUCAAUCAUUAUUCAUCCAAAGUUCCUGCCGGUGAGGACAAGUUUCCAAGCGGUGAGGACAAGGUUCCUGGCGGUGAUGACAAGGUUCCUGGGGCAGAGGAAAAAUGUUUUUGGCGUUGAGUACAAAGUUCCUGGCGGUGAGGACAAGGUUCCUGGCAGUAAGGACAAGGUUCCAAGCUGUGAGGACAGGGUUCCUGGCGCUGAGGAAAAGGUUUUUGGCCUUGAGUACAAAGUUCCUGGCCAUGAGGACAAGGUUCCUGGCGGUGAGGACAAGGUUCCUGGCGGUGAGUACAAGGUUCCUAACGCUGAGGAAAAGGUUUUUGGCGUUGAGUACAAAGUUCCUGGCAGUGAGGACAAGGUUCUAAGCGGUUAGGACAAGGUUCCUGGCGGUGAGGACAAAGUUCUUGGCGCUAAGGAAAAGGUUCUUGGCGUUGGGUACAAAGUUCCUGGCGGUGAGGACAAGGUUCCUGGCGGUGAAGACAAGGUUCCAAGCGGAGAGGACAAGGUUCCUGGCGGUGAGCACAAGGUUGCUGGCGCUGACGAAAAGGUUUUUGGCGUUGAGUACAAAGUUCCUGGCGGUGAGGACAAGGUUCCAAGUCUGGAGGACAAGGUUCCUGGCGCUGAGGAAAAGGUUUUCGGCGUUGAGUACAAAGUUCCUGUCGGUGAGGACUAG